AUGGCUCACGGUAACAAGAACAACAAGAAUGACAAGGGCCCCGUCCGGGUCAAGGUUGACGGAAGCUACUGCUGGGUAAAGCAGAGCGCUUACAGGAGGAACAAGAAGCAUCAGUCUGCCAAGAAGUCUGCGAAGCACCUUCACGAUGAGGAAGAUGUGCUCUUGGAUGAUGACCUGACAGACCUGCCCAACAACUUCAGCGAUCCAGCACUGUGUCUCCUUACACUGUUAACACUACCCUUCCACUCACUUCCAGCGGCCGCCGCGACUAUGACCCAAGAAAAAGCCAAGGAACAAGCUGAGGAUGAAGUUGUCGAUGAUAAUGCGCAAGAAGCAAAGGAACAAAUUGUCGAUGACAAUGCGCAGGAGGCAAAGGAACGAGCUGACGAUGAAGUUCCCCAGAACAAUGCGCAGGAGGUAGAAGAAAUAUUCACCCAGGGUUGCCAAGAUGACGAGUACUACACCGAUUCCGAGACUGGUGAACGGCUCCGCAAUCCAUUUAUCGCGGGCAGUACAUGGCGUAGGCAAUUGGGUUAUCGCUCAGAAUACUUUGCCGAGUGGAAAGAACACUUCGAAGAAAUGACAAAGCUAUGUCAGGAAGCCAUGGACCUGCGGGAAGAAAGAGACAAUCUACUUUACGGCUUCGUCGACGAUAUUCGAAGCGAACAAGAUGCUCUCUUUGAUGUUCUGACAUACCGUGAGGAUGCUGGGCUAUCAAAGCUAAGUCAACGAGCUCAAGAGCGUAAAGAACGCAAUCUCUCGCACGUUGAACAGCGGCAACAAAGAACUACCUUCGUGCAUUACAAGGCCAUGAAGAAGAGUUUAUCGCGUACCUGGAUCAACAACAGCAUUCCACCAAUACCCUUCUGGAAGAGAUGA